UUUCCACAUUGUUCUAACGCGUCUCCUCCCGUUUCCAUCGUUCACUGUAUUCCGCGACCGAUCGUCCCGUUAUUCCCGGAAUGGCGGGCCCUGGUCCCUGGCGCUUGAUACCACACCUCGCCGCCGUGCUGUGCGCGGUCCACGUGGCGGCGGCGCAGUUCGAGCCGGCGUACGAGAUCGCGGUGCGGAAGGCGGACAUCCCGUUCAUAAAAUGCGACGUGUGCAAGAAGAUGGUCGAGCAGCUUGACACGCAGGUGGAGCGCGAGAGGGAGAAGGCCGAGCCCAAGAAGGUGAGCGAGCUGAAGGUGAUCGAGGUGACGGAGAAGCUGUGCGACGUGAAGAGCGCCAAUGGCGGGUGGAUCUCGCGCCUCGACAUUGUGGAGAGCGGCGACCUGCUCAAGCUGGUGGAGCAUGAGGAGGACGGCGAGUGCCUGUCCGAGUGCAAGACCAUCGAGCGCGCGUGCCAACAGAUCAUCGGGGACUAUGACACGGACAUAGCGGAGAGGAUAUUCAACGACGAGCCCUCGCAGUCGUCGCUGCAGCGCUACCUCUGCCACGACCUCAGCAAGGCCUGCUCCACCAAGCCACCACCCGUGCCUGAGGGCCGGGAGCCCGGGGAGAACUGGCAGAAGAAGGACAACAGCCCUCCCGACUACAGCAAGAUGGCCAAAGAGAUGAACAUCCCCACCAGCGUCAUGCACGAUGAGGCGGCCAUCAAGGACGUCAAGCUACCCAAGGGCAUGGGCAUGCCUGAAGAGGUGUUCAAGCGCGGCCAGGAGAAGAAAGCAGCAGAGGAGGCACGGGCGGCCAGAGAGGAGGCCGAGGCAGCAGCGGGGGGCAAGAAGAAGAAGACGAAGAAGGGCAGCAAGAAGGGCUCCAGGGACGAGGCGAUGGGUGAGAUGUAUUCCAAGGCGGAGGAGGCAGCCAAGGGCGGGAGGGAGGAGAUAGUGAAGUUUGUGGAGAAGAUGACGGGGAAGAAGGUGCCUGAGACGGAGCCAGAGGCCGUGGGGGGGUAUGACGAGCUGUGAUGACCUCUGGAGUGGUGAGAGCCUCACAGGGGGCGCUUCGUUCAUUUGUGAUUGCACCACCACGCGUUGUGGAAAUUGGAAUUGAGAAAGCUCGCUACUUGUAGUGCAAAUGGCAUCGUUCUCAUUCCACUGGCAUCAAAUACAAAGAGUUCCCAAUAUAUUCAUCUAUUAGCAUAAACUUUCUAAACUGUCUACACUGGGAUAUGUCUAUGCCGAGGAUGAU